AUGACUCGCUGCCGGUAUCCGAGUCGGAUCCGGUUGGGUUUCCGAAUCGGAUAUCUUCCCAUUCAAGAGCAGAUCACGAGUCGCAAUGGGCGUCCUGUGUUGCCCAUCGCCAAGAAAGACAAGUCCCGUCCUGGUCUGGAACUGAAAGAAGGAACAACAGGGACGUUAUUGGUAAUGGUCAUUCUUGGAGUAAUACAUUACCUAACCGGGGGUGGACCUACAAACGCCUAUCAUCAUGUCACGAGUUCCGAUGGCCCCGUCCGCUGGAUGAUACUUAUUUUAGCGGCUCCCGCGCCUGUUGAAGAGAAGUCGAAACUAGUCCGUAUCUAG